CACACACACACACACACACACACACACACACACACACACACACACACACACACACAAAACCCAGUUGGUCCGUGGUGGAAAGGGAUACCUAGUAGCAGGUUAACACUAUGUACAGUACUUGUGAAAUGUCAGUCUUGCACCAGUCUCUCUAUUAUAGGCAAAAUUAUUUUUUUGAUAGUUUUUGGCUUGCUUUGAAGUUUGAAUUAUUCUGCUUUUUUUUUUUUUUUUUAUCCCACAAAUCAUUAGUUCUUAUUUUUAACCAUCCACAACCACCAGUUGAAAAGUAUAGUGUUGCAGUAAAAAGAAAGCAGACAAAAAUCAAUCAAAAUUUAUCUGAAAAAAUAGUUUUAUCAUCACAAAUAAAAAAACAGCAGUAACACUCACUAGCAAUGUUCUUCUGAUAAGACUGGCGGCUGCCAGCUAGUUGUCACACACCACGUACAACCAAGCUGACAAAAAUAAUCAAACUAAUAUAUGACUUAACAUAUUGUUGUUGAAAGUGUAUUAUAAAGGUUAGGCUUGGCAGAUGAUUUUGGAGAGAGAGAGAGAGAGAGAGAGAGAGAGGUGGGAGUGUUAUUCCAUGUAACCUGACCAAACAAAAUAUUCACAGAUUACAAGUUAUCUUUCUUUGGAAGGUCAUACAAAUUUUCAGUCAGAAUGCUGAAGUCAUGCCUGAUCCCCUGUGUAACCAAGACAACUCUUCCACAUGAAGCUGCCAUCCAGAGACUUCCACAUCAGUAGACCACACUGGGUAUGACUCAGUAGGAGCAAGAAGAAUCUAGUCAGAGUUAAGAGAGAGAAAUGGAUGAAAAACUAAUUAAGAAAGAAGUUUUGCAUCAAGGAAAGGGAAAUACUGAUUAUGCUGAUGGAACUAAGAUAUCAUUCCACAUCAAGACGGAAACAUGUGAUGAGGAGCCAAAAGUCAUCGAUGACAGCCAGCAGUGGAAGGAGCCUGCUGAACUUCUGCUAGGGAAGAAGUUCAAACUAGAAGCCUUGGAAGCAUGUAUUCGCACAAUGGCAUCUGGGGAGGUAGCUGCUUUCACCAUAGACAAAGUGCUGCUGGCACCAUAUCCUCUGGUAUCCAAGACCCUGCGCGAUGCUUACAGUAAGAACAAGAUAAAUAAAGAAAAGAAGCCACACCACUGCUGUGGAAUGGGGUUCAAAGAGGGUCUUGGAUAUCCAGACCUAGACGAACUGGUGAAAACGCCCAAAGACCUGAAGUUCACUAUAGAAGUGGUGAAUGUUGCAAGAGCUGGUUCCUAUGAAAAGGAAUUCUGGGCCAUGACAGAGGAAGAGCGAAUAAGCAGCAUUCCAGCUUUAAAGGAAGAAGGCAAUGCUCUAUACAAAACUGGUGAUUAUGAAGGUGCCAGCAAGAAAUACUCUGAAGGUCUUGGAAGACUAGAGCAACUCAUGCUGAGAGAGAAGCCUGGUGAUGAAGAAUGGCUUAAAUUGAAUGACAUGAAGAUGCCUCUCCUCCUGAACUAUUCUCAGUGCCAAAUCCUCCAAGGAGAAUUUUACAGUGCCAUAGAACAUUGCUCUACUGUCCUAGAAAAGCAACCAGAUAAUGUCAAAGCUCUGUACCGACGAGGACGAGCGUAUGUGGAAGUCUUCAGUCCCACCGAGGCUCGAAGAGAUUUAGAAAAGGCAGCCAAACUUGAUGCCAGUAUUGCUCACAGUUGCCGCAGUCUGCUGUCACAGCUGGCCAAGAUGGAGGUAGAGAAAAACAACCAAGACAAGGCUGCAUACAGUAAGCUCUUCACCUCAUCUUAACACUCUGCCAGUCUAUGUUGGCAACCAUGGAUUCCCAUACCCCUCUAUCUUGUGUUGUUUGUAAUAUACAUGCGGCUCUUCUUCCACCUUCUACUUUUCUUCCUGUUCCAUCCAUGUACUUCUCCUUUUCUCUGCCUCUUGCUCUGCUACUUGGGAUUCUUCCUGUUAAGCUAAAGUCCUCUAUUUUUCCUCUUCUCAUCACAUAUUCUAUAAAUCUCACCUGACUUACUUAUUCAUGACAGUGUGAUAUUUCAUCCCUUCAUUAUUAGUUCUCUUCCUCUACCCAUUCUCAGCACUUCACAUUCUUCUCAGCAUUCAAUAUUCUUUCUGUCCAAGAUGUUUUCAAGAGCCAUCACCAACACCACAUUUCAAAUGCUUCUAUCCUCUUCAUCUGUUUAUUCAACAUCCAGGCUUCUUAUGCAUACAGCAGCACUGACCAUAUGUGUGUUUUGACUACUCUGCAUCUUGUGUUUAUUGAUAUACGUCUGUUGGUAAUUACGUUUCUCAUCUUCUGAAAUCCUGUUUUUGCUUCACAUAUUCUUUUUUUUUUUUUUUCCUCUAUACAUCUUUUAUCUUUUGUUAUGUAGCCUCCCACGAAGCAAAAUCUUCUCACUUGUUUAAUAAUUUUGUUGUUCACUCUUACAUUCCACCUUGGAACCUAUAACUUGUUACUUAUCAGCAUCACUUCUGUGUAUCUGUGUUGAUUGUUAGACCUUUUGUUUCACUUGCCUCCUUUACUGUUGUUCUAAUAUCCUGUAAUUUAUCUUGUGAAUUAGCAAUCAAAAUCGUAUCAU